CAGGCUACAUUCCCCCUGAGACCUGGCGGAAGCAUCGCUGGCAGCCGCAGGGGGACAUCUUCAGCCUGGGCGUGGUCUUCUUCCAGCUGAUGACGGCCCGGGUGCCGCGGAGCGGCAGCGACAAGGUGCAGGGCAUCUUUCAGGAGGGGGCAAAGAACGUGACCGAGGUGGGGCAAAAUACCGUCCAGAAGCAGCCGCCGUGGCAUUUGUUUCCCACCAACAUGCGGCUGUUGACGGAGCUGGUGUCUGCGAUGCUUCGCAAAGACCCGGAGCAGCGGCCCCGCGCGCUGCAGGCGCUGCAGUUCGGAUGGUUUUUCUCCAAUACGGACCAAGAGAUGCCCAAGGAGACGC